AGAUGUCAGACGGACAGACAGACAAGCAGAGAGGCUUAAUUAAUAGUUUUGUGUCUAAUUAAUUGAGACAGCAUUAGUGCACUUAUAGCUGUUGUGUUUCAUCACUAAUCAAAUUUGUCUCCCCGGUAUUGCAGUGGUUUUAUUUGUAGAAACUGCGAACGCACCAAACUCACCUCUUGACAUAAACUUGACUUGUUUCUAGUGUCAUUUUGUAUAACAUGGGAUCUACAACCUGCUAUCAGUUUGAGAAACAUUUAACAGUAAUAAGUAUACUAAGCUGAAGCUUAUCUUUUUAAAAGAUACAACACCCUUGCAAUUCAAACGUAAUUUAAUCUACUUCCUUAAACCACCUGACGGUCGAGGAUUUCCGUUUUGUGCUUAAUUUAACAUAAUCAACACAGGUAGCUUCUUCACAGGUUGCUUCAAAUGACCGUUUAAACAUUCAUCUCAUCGGAUGAACUACUGUCUGCUUAUGUGCAGCAGUCGGGACGGUGUUUCUGGUGAACUGCUCCGAUGGCGUGGACUGACUGAGGAUGUCAGAUUUGACAUGAGAAGUGUGAUGGCGAGGUGAUGUGCCAGUCAGAGGAGUGAUAAGGCCAGAGCAGCCAUGACUGAGUGCUUCCUGCCCCCCAGCAGCAGCCCUGCAGAGCAGCGCAGGGCUGAACACCAAGGGGGCGUGGCACGCACCCCCAGCUCUGAGGAGAUCAGUCCCACCAAGUUCCCCGGCUUGUACCGCACCGGGGAACCAUCGCCGCCUCACGAUGGCCAUCACCACGAGGCACCGGACGCCUACGUCUCAGACGACGACAAAGAGCACAACAAGAAGAAGAACAAGUUCAAGAAGAAGGAGAAAAGGACGGAAGGGUACGCCGCCUUCCAGGAGGACAGCUCAGCAGACGAAGCAGAGAGCCCGUCCAAGAUGAAGCGCUCCAAAGGAAUCCAUGUGUUCAAGAAGCCCAGCUUCUCCAAGAAGAAAGAAAAGGACUUCAAGGUGAAGGAGAAGGGCCCCAAGGAGGACAAGGCCAAGGAUAAAAAAUCUAAGGACCUGACGGCUGCAGACGUGGUUAAACAAUGGAAGGAGAAGAAGAAGAAGAAGAAACCGACAACAGAGGCAGAACCCGUCCCAGUGGAGACCCCCACCUUCAGGCCCAUCUUUGGAGCACCUCUGGUUGAAGCUGUCAAGAGGACAGCUCUGUAUGAUGGUAUCCAGCUGCCGGCCAUCUUCAGAGAAUGUGUAGACUACAUUGAAAGUUAUGGCAUGAAGUGUGAAGGCAUCUACCGUGUGUCAGGUAUGAAGUCUAAGGUGGAUGAACUGAAAGCAGCAUAUGACCGUGAGGAGUGCCCCUGCCUGGAGGAGUACGACCCCCACACAGUUGCCAGCCUGCUGAAGCAGUACCUUCGAGAGCUGCCUGAGAACCUGCUGGGCCGGGACCUGGCCCAGCGCUUUGAGGACGCCUGCGGACGGCAGGUGGAGGCCGAGAAGGUGACGGAGUUCCAGAGGCUGCUGGCCGAGGUGGCGCCGGAGAGCCGACUUGUUCUCUCCUGGCUCCUCACACACAUGGACCACGUCAUCGCCAGGGAGGCGGACACCAAGAUGAAUAUUCAGAAUAUCUCCAUCGUCCUCAACCCAACCAUACAGAUUGGGAACCGUGUUCUUUACGUGUUCUUCACGCACGUGAAGGAGCUGUUUGGGGAUGUAGUCCUGAAGCCGGUGGUGCGGCCACUCCGCUGGUCCAACAUGGCGACCAUGCCAGCGCUGCCCGAGACCCAGGAGAGCAUCAAAGAGGAGAUCAGACGACAGGAGUUCCUGCUGAACUGCCUGCAUCGGGACCUGCAGGCGGGGGUGAAAGACUUGUCUAAAGAGGAGCGACUGUGGGAGGUUCAGAGAAUCCUAACUGCUCUAAAACGCAAACUGAGGGAGGCCAAACGUCAGGAGUGCGAGAGUAAGAUAGCCCAGGAGAUAGCAAGCCUCUCAAAGGAAGAUGUUUCCAAAGAGGAAAUGACAGAGAAUGAAGAGGAAGUCAUCAACCUCCUCUUGGCACAGGAAAAUGAGAUCCUAACGGAGCAGGAGGAGCUGAUCUCUCUGGAGCAGGUGCUUCGCAGACAGAUCGCAACCGAGAAGGAAGAAAUCGAGAGGCUGCGAGCAGAGAUCGCAGACAUUCAGAGUCGGCAGCAGGGUCGCAGUGAGACGGAGGAAUAUUCUUCAGACAGUGAAAGCGAGAGUGAAGAUGAGGAGGAGCUGCAGUUGAUUCUUGAAGACCUGCAGAAACAAAACGAGGAACUGGAGAACAAGAACACCCACCUGAAUCAGGCCAUCCAUGAGGAGCAGGAAGCCAUCUUGGAGCUCCGCGUCCAGCUUCGCCUCCUGCAGAGCCACAAACUGCAGCAGGAACUGACCGUCCAGCAGCCGGCCGAGCAGGCCCCGCCCACACAGCCCAGCCCGGAGCCCCGCAGCGAGGAGCAGACCAAACGCUCCGUCGCCGCCGCAGCUGCCGGUGCAGACGCCGCUGCCUCGGCCAACGGCAAGGCAGCUAAAGAUCCUUCGAAGCCCUCGCCGAACAAAGACAGGAGAGACACCAACAUGUGAGGUGUCGUCUCAGCGAUCUGUUCGAUGGAUCUGCUCUGCUGCACGUAUCUACCACUGGUCAGUUGUCCCGCAGCGUCACUCGUUAUGCACUGGAGAUUUCACUAGUAAAUGUGCCCCCCGAGUGGCAGCCAUGGAAAAAAAACCCAAAAAAAACAAAAUCUGUUAUACAGUACGUUGUUUCCCAUUCUCCAUUGCAAAACACGACCAACUAGAGAUGUUGCGGACAACUGGCUGCUGCUGAGGGAGGCGGAGAAUAUUAUCAAAUUCACAGUGCCAAGCCUGUAUGAAGGAAGAAGAAGGGGGGGAGGAGGGCGUCUUGCCAGCAUAUGAGAUGAAGUUUAUUUUUCGCUGGUAAGGGCUCAAGAAAUGAGCACAGACAUAAUCUCAGUCCGUGUGAGUAGAUGCAGAUUUGACUUGUCAGGAUAGGGACGACUGUGCCAUAACUGAAGAUGCCAGACUGGAUGAGAUUCCCCCCGAGAACCACUAAUACGAAAGCUCUUUGAAUAACAAAGAAUUUGUGAUUGGCCUAUCUAUAUAUUGUAUAUUUAAGUAAUAUUCUGAAGAAUACGGAUGGCUAUUCAAGAUAUGCAUAGAUUUUAAAUUUUGUCUUUUUAGUAAUAUAUGAAUAUGUGUAUGAAUGUAGUGUGGAUACUUUCUUUUCUUUGAACAGCAGAUGCACGUGACCACGGCGGCGUUGCACCUCGCAACUGACCAGUGGACGAAAACACGAACGGCCCACAAAUACGCAACAAAAGCACAUGUCGCGUCGCUGCGACAUGUAGGCCAACGGCUGGAAGGCUGCGUUGUCACAGUCGCUCCGUGAAACAGCACUUUGCUCUGUGGUGCGGCCAUCUUCUUUUGCACGAGCAAAAAAACACAAAAGAAGGAAAGUGACAUCCGGUUUCAUGGUGAAAUAAUAAAUCUGCAGCGAUGAAUCACGCCGUUUUGUUGGGUAUUUGAUGGUGUGUGUUUUGAUGUGUGGAGUUAUCGUUCAUGGUAGCCGUUGGAAGCCAAAAAGUCAAUCAUUUAGUUUCACGACUGAUCCAUGACUGUUGCAAAACAGUGUCGUUGUUCGGUGACGCCAAAGGCACAGCCGACUUACUUACCUUUUGUGUAUAUUAUUGUAAAGUCGCAAACAUACUGUGCUUUCAGCUCUUAAUGUUUUGUCUUAUGUUUUGUUUUUGUUUGUUUUUUUUAUUCUUGUUGUUAUUAAUGACUUGUAUGGAGUAUGCUAGUGUGACUGCCCCUGCUUUGGUCACGGGCAAAUCAAAGCAAUCUCACCUGGACUCAUGAUUCAACGUGUUAUUAAUCCCUGUGACUGAAACCGAUAAAUACUAGAUUGGGCUCAGAAGCUUCUGAUUAGGUUGUUUUCAUAUUGUUCCAAGCUUUUGUGGCUUAUCGUUGCAGACAGAGUAAUGCUGUGAAGAAUAAAGUGUCGAUCUGAAUAAUUUA